AUGGAAACCGAGUCUGACACAAUAGAAGAAAGAAAUCUGAACUUCGAUGAAGAAAUUAAGGAAAUAGAUAAUACUACUGGAUCAAAUGCAAAUGAAGGCAUUGUUAUAAUACCUACAGUUGACUUGAGUUAUAAGGAGUCAGACAAUAUGGAAGAAGACAUAGUUCAAACAGAAACUAUGAAUCCACCUGUACAAAAUGAUAAUGACAUUCAAGGCAUAGAUCAAAAUAUGCAGGAUGUGGAAUUGAGAAGGUCGCAAAGAGCAAGAAGGCAUGCGUUUCCAGAUUACUAUGUAUAUAUGCAAGAAUCAAAAAAUGACAUAUUUGGAAAAGAAGAUCCUGUGAACUUUAAGCAAGUUAUAACAAGUGAAGACAAUGAGAAGUGGUUAGCUGCAAUGAAAUCUGAGUUAGAUUCAAUGAGAAAGAAUGAUGUUUGGGAAUUACAGAAUUUACCUCAAGGAAGUAAACCUAUAGGCUGCAAAUGGGUAUAUAAGACCAAGAGAGACUCAAAAGGUGCAAUAGACAGAUACAAGGCUAGGUUGGUUGCCAAGGGAUAUACACAACAAGAUGGCAUUGAUUACACUGAAACUUUCUCACUACACUUCGAAAUGAUAGAUUUGGGAGAAGCAUCAUAUGUUCUUGGAAUAGAAAUCAGUCGAGACAGGAAAAUAGGUUAUCUAGGACUUUCACAAAAACGGUACAUUGAGAAAAUACUCAAAAGUUUUAAUAUGAUGGAUUGUGUUGGAGGAGAUGUGCCUAUUAACAAAGGAGAUAAACUUAGUCGAGAACAAGCACCUAAGACAAAUCAAGAGAAACUGAAAAUGGUAGAUAAACCCUAUGCUUCUCUAGUUGGCAGCCUUAUGUAUGCUCAAGUCUACACAAGGCUUGAUAUUGCUUUUCCUAUAAGUGUUUUGGGAAGGUUUCAGUCAAAUCCAGGACAAGCUCAUUGGGUCGCAGGGAAGAAAGUAAUGAGAUACUUGCAGAGAACCAAAGAUUUUAAGUUGAUUUAUAAAAGAAGUGACAACUUAGAAAUGGUUGGUUAUGCAGACGCUAAUUUUUCUGGAUGUAUGGAUGACUUAAAAUCCACUUCAGGUUUUAUUUUUUUGUUUGGAGGAGCAGCAGUUUCUUGGAGAAGUGUUAAGCAGCCUAUUAUAACUACUUCAACUAUGCAAGCUGAAUUCAUUGCUUGCUAUGAGGCUACAUGUGAAGCAAUCUGA